AAAAUGAGUAAUAAGUUGUGUAUGUGUGUUUUUAUUUUGCGAGCGUGCAUUUGUUUGUAAACAACCCGGCUUAUCAGUUGAGAGAACUUUUUUUAUAAAAUAUUCCUACAGGUUCGAACUAUUAGCAUUAUGGCCAGUUCGGGUUCCUCAAUCCGGAGCACCGUAUACGUUUCCAAUCUACCUUUCGAUCUAACAAACAUAGACGUGCGGAGGAUAUUCGAACAGUACGGUCAAAUUGCAAGGGUAACCAUACUGAAGGAACGUGAAAGUCGCAAAAGUAAAGGAGUUGCUUUCAUUAUGUUUGGUUCUACGAAAGAAGCUGACCAAUGUUGUGCUGCCGUAAAUAAUACCGAAAUGUUCGGACGCACGCUGAAGGUCAGUAUUGCCAAAGACAAUGGGAAGGGUGAGGAGUUCGGCAAACGGAGAGAUUAUCCGGAUAAAAGCCGUUGUUAUGAGUGCGGCGAAGAGGGACAUAUGAGCUACAACUGUCCCAAGAAUGUUCUGGGCGACAAAUCACCUCCACGGAAGGUGGGAAAGUCGAGGAACGUUGACCGAAGCAAAAGGUAUGCCGACGCUGCAAUUGAUUCCUCGGAAUGGGAUUGCAAUGAUGGCGAGGAUGAUAGAUUACGUAGAAUUACUGAAGGACAAAAUGCUUCAGCUGCUGUUAAAAGGAAGAAGUACAAACAGAGUGCGUACUUCAGUGACGAUGAAGAAUUGGAUGAUUAAA